AUGCCACUCCAUCUUUUGGGUAAAAAGUCAUGGAACGUGUACAACAGCGACAACAUCGCGCGGGUCCGGCGCGACGAGGCAGCUGCCCGUGAACGUGAGCUGGCCGAGGAAGAGCGGCAACAAGAGGAAGACGCCGCACGACGCCUCGCUAUCUUGAGAGGCGAAGCUCCGCCUCCUCUAGAGCCGCCAAGGGAUGACCAGGCUCUUGCGGAUGGAGACCGAACCCGCCAUGACCGGCAUCGGGACCGCGAUGGGGAUGCAUCGGGAGGCCAUGGUCGCGAGCGAAAGAAGCGCAAGCGCCACGGCGAGGAUGAUACCGACUUUGAGAUGCGUGUCGCGAGGGAGAUGGUCUCGGGGCCUGCAAGGCCACGGGGCGAUGACACAGAGGGGCCAGGCGCGGUGAUGCCUCAUAAGAGCAGUGAUGCACCUCUGACCGAUGCAUCAGGACAUAUCGACCUUUUUGGCGAAGCCAAUUCGUUGGUUCCUGAUAAACGCAAGAAUCCAGAGGCGGAAGCCGAAAAGGAACGUAAGAAGCGCGAGUUCGAGGAUCAGUACAGAAUGCGCUUUUCCAACGCGUCCGGCGCACAAGCUUCAGCGUCUGGACCUUGGUACGCGCCGGCAUCUUCCAUGCGAGACCAAGGCCUAGACCGUAGUGAAGCGCAAGCGCAGCACGGAACUGACGCUUUUGGUCGACCGGAUCCCGGCCGGAAAGAUCGCGAUGCAGCAAGGAUAGAGGCUAGCGAUCCCCUGGCAAUGAUGAAACGAGGUGCAGCCAAGGCAAGGCAAGUGGAAAAAGAAAGACGUAGUGCAAAUGAAGAACGGGAAAAGGAGCUGAGGAGGUUACGACGGGAAGAAAGGAGAAGUGAAAAGAGACGGCGGCGCAGGGAUGACCGCGAGGACGACGGAAGUGAUGAUCUGGAGAACUUCAGCCUGGAUCAAGACAAGAGGCGACCUGAAGAGCGCGAUCAUGAGAAACGGCAUAGGCAUCGGCAUCGCCAUCACCACCACUCGAGGCACCGAAGUCCCCAGAGAAGCUCCCGCAGUGAGAAGGCCGAGAGCCGGCAUCAUGGCCGCGAUCAUGAUCGUUUAGGACGAUGA